GUGGGUCUUUCUCAACUAUGCAAAACGCACCACUAGUCUUAAAUAAGAUAAAAUAAUCACAGGACAAGAAAAAUAAAACAUGGUAGUGCUCCUCAACUUUCAUGAAUUCCCACUAGCCUUUCCAGGAAGCAAACCUUCAUGGCAUGCAUCCAUUGCCAUCAACAAGACACAGACAUUGCCAUCAAUAAAUACUUCUAUUACGUACACAACAUCCUUCAAUUCUCUCCACUCCUCUCAAUUUAUCUGUAUCUAACCUUAAAACCACAACAAUCAUGUCGAAGCUAACACUACCCAACAUCAUCUUCACCAUCAUAUUAUUCUGCUCCUUUUGCUUCCCUCCCCUAGUUUCCUCAGACAACUGCCACAGCGCCGAGAAGAAGGCCCUUCUCAAGCUCAAAGCCGGCUUCGGCAACCCUGAAAUCCUCAACUGGACUUCUGCCACCAGCUGCUGCUCUUGGCCAGGAGUAACAUGCCUUUCUGGCCGGGUCCUCAGCCUUGGCCUCGCCAACCUCUCCGGUUCCAUCUCCCCUGCAAUAGCUGGCCUUUCUUUCCUCACCAGACUCAAUAUCGAAGAGUCCCCCAACCUCACCGGCCCUAUUCCAAACUCCAUCACCAAGCUCCCUCUAACCUAUCUAGCCAUCAAAUCCACCUCCCUCUCCGGCCCCAUCCCUUCUUUUCUCGGCGACCUAAACAAACUCAGCCUCCUCGACCUCUCCAACAACCAUCUCACAGGCCCUAUUCCUGAUUCCAUCACCUCCCUCCCAGACCUCAGCACUCUUGUUCUCUCCAACAACAAGCUCACUGGCACCAUCCCACCAUCCCUCUUCCACGGCCUAACAAGCCGAACAUCUCUUGACCUUUCCGACAACCUUCUCACUGGCAAUGUUCCCCUAUCAAUUGGUGAUGCUAACUUUGAAUACAUCUACCUCUCCGGUAAUAGAUUUUCCGGUGACAUCUCGUUUCUCUUCGGCGAUCAAUCAAAGCAUUUGACUGAGAUUGAUCUCUCCAGGAACAUGUUUGAGAUGAACAUGUCCUCACUGACCUUCCCAUCACCUCUAGCCCUCAUGGAUCUGAGCCAAAACAUAAUCUACGGGAGCAUCCCCACAUCAAUCACUGGUCUUGAACAACUUACUCUGUUCAAUGUCAGCUAUAACCGGCUCUGCGGCAGGAUACCAACCGGCGGAAGGAUGAACUUGUUUGAUGCAUCUUGCUACGUGCAUAACAAGUGCCUAUGUGGAACUCCGCUGCCAAGUUGCCACGCUUAGAAGCACUGGUUUGGUUUGAAGGAUACCACAUCUUCAAACUUUAGUUCUUGCUUGGAGAUAAGGAAAUGAAUAAAUAAACUAAAAUAAACCUUGUAUUUACAUGUUUUAAGACAUUAUCUGUAAUGAUUUUAUAUAUGUAUAUAUAUAUUUAGUUGCUUUAGUUUCA